AUGAGUGCUUAUCGCUUGGGAAAGCAAAUGCCAUUACGGCAGGGUGUGUGUCGCUGUGUGCUCAGCCAGGUACAGGCUCCAUAUGAGGUCGCUGAUAUCUUUGUUGCUUCCGCCCGGAGAAUAGCUGAAGGUGAGAGUGAUUGGGAUGACGUGUUCUUAGCCCUUGAAGUUGGAAGCCCAUCUGUGAGCAGUUGUUCGUACCGACUGCUUAGUGCGGUUUGUGUUGGGUUUUUGCAUUGGGGGGUGGGUUGUUUUGUUGUUUGGGUGGGGGUUUGUUGGUUGUUUGACGGCGACGGCAGCGGCGACGACGAAGAGGAGGAGGUUGAAGAGGUGACGGAUCCGAAGGAGGGCGAUGAUGAUGACGGAGAUGACGAUGAGGAGGAAGGAGAUGACGACGACGACGACGACGAUGAUGAGGUUGAAGAGGUCGAUCCACCGAGCGGACCUCAGAUCCACUCGGUAAGUGAUGAUGAUGAUGAGGAGGAGGAGGAAGGGGAUGAGGAUGAUGAGGGAGGCGACGACGACGACGACGACGACGAUGAUGACAGCGAUGAGGAGGAAGAGGAGGAUAUGGGAACAGAAUACCUUGUUCGACCAGUAGGUCGUGCAGAAGACGAGGAAGAUGCCAGCGACUUUGAACCAGAAGAGAACGGUGGUGGUGCUGGUGGUGAAGAUGAGGACAUCGAAGAAGAAGAAGAUGACGACGACGAGGGAGGAGGAGAAGCAGCCGGUGCUUCUGGAAAGGACGUUGCUCCUGCGAAGAGGAAGAGGCCAGGGGAUGAUGAUGAUGAUGAUGACUCCGACGAUGGUGGUGGUGAUGACGAGGACGACGAGAGGCCACCGAAGAGAUAGACGACAUGCAUGAUCAUGAUGAUUGGUUUGCAACAUGUGGAGAUUAGGGUUAGGGUUUGCUAGAUAGAAGUGACAUUUUGUGGGAUGAUGUCCUUAUUUAGCUCUGUGUAAUAGGUUAGAUUGCUUGUUUCUCUUUUUAUGUACUUUUUUUUUUAAGUUUGCCUUCUGAUUCAUUUCAACUUUCAAGUAGGCGUAUUAUCUUAAAUAUGUUUAGGUACUUUGUAAUAUUUGAAUUUUCUGAGGUCCAUUUGGAUCUUUAAACUGAUUAUUACUGCCCUUUUAAGUUUUUA